CCUCAUACCACAUAUCCUGACUCACUCGCAUCAUCGCAGUAUGGUAUUCUCCUCCUGAGCAAGCCAGUUUUGGAUAUAUGUCGUUAUGAGUAAGAAUGUCGGCAGCGGUAUGGCUCGGUACGAUUACAAAGACACCCACUCAGCCUGGAACCGAGCACUGCAUCCCGAUCGACCCAAAAGAUACGCAAACCAAAGCCCAGAAGGUCGUUCCGCCAGGUCAAAUCCAUCGGCAGUCGCUCGGAAACCCGCAGUGUUGAAAGCACAAGACCAGAAGGAUGCCGAACUGGCCGCGAAACGAGCCAUGACAGACUCCUCUCAGUCGGCCGAUUCCACGCAUUUGCAGUAUGAAGAGGUCCCAUGUCUGCCGACAGCAAGAAGAUACAAGGCAGUAGGCUACGGGCUAUCGAACAAGACGUUAAGAGAUGUGACACCCUCCCAAAUACCACGACCGUCCAGUCGCCACAGCAUGAGGCCUGACACCCAUUAUCUCAAGGAUGCCGCUGUGCUAGAUCUCGAAUCUGCAACCGAGUCAUAUGGUGCCUUACCUUCGUCGUACAGAAAGUUAAGGAAGGCCAAGUCCAUGUUCUCACCACGAUCUCACGGCAUGGUGAGCCACCAGAGUCAGUGGCGGAGCUCUCGGGCCACUGAGCGAUCUCUCCGAAGUGUGACCAGUUCAGCUAUGCUCCCAAGCAACAACCUCCGGGUUCGCAUCAAGCGAUCUCUGACCUUCUUUCGUCCGAAGAGUAGCCUGGCGGCACAGACAAAGGUUGAUUAUGAUUGGGGUGGACGGGAAGAGGCGGUGCAGAUGGCGCGGGCACAAUUUCUGGAUGGUAUGGAACAACAAAGACUGCAAAACAGAGCAACCAGCCCUGCCAAGUUCGCGUUGAAGCUGCAACAUAAGUCUACAGACGACCAUCUCAAAACAAGCCACGGGCAGGACUUGGCUCAAUCAAGAUCGGGGGCAAGCGAUGUACUCGAGUCGCCAGAGACACGGUCUGCGAAAAGGUCUUUCUCGACGUCUCUCCGUCAUCGCUUUCGAAAGGUGUUGGGAAGAUCCUUUACCAGCAAAGACAAAAUACCUCCUCAACAGCUGGAUGCCAGAAAGAGCCAUCUGUGGGAUCUCGGGGACGAGAGCGAUGCGGCGAACGCGUUUGACACUUAUCUGGUCGAGAAUGAGGCUCAAAUGGUGCCGCACAAUGUUUACCACCCUGAGCCGUCCGACCACCAAGAUGCCCUAGAGGACUUGGACAAAUUCUCCCAGACCCUGCAGCCAGCUGCAAGCCGGGAAAGCCUACAUUCUAAUUCGCGAUCACGGGUAACUAGCUGGACAAACUCUACCAACACCGGUUCGAUCAGUCUCCGCUCCGGGCCGAUUGAGCGAAAUCGUUUAUCCAUCAUCAAGGAGGAUGGUGCUCCUUAUCAGCCUUCUUCCUCAGCUGGUCGGCAUAUCGGCGGCGUUGAUGUAUUCAGGGAGCCGUUGCAAUCCACGUGGAACGACGGACGUGUCCUCCCGCCUAUAGACAGCCAGCGUGUGUAUUCGGCUUUGAUCAAGCGGAUAAAUCAAGAAGAGGCCGAAGCUGAAAGGACUCGAGCUGCACUGGAAGCGAUCAACCAGAGCAAUGCAAAUACCGCUGAAGAAGUCGUCAACAUCCAGCCAACCAUUCGAGCAGUUCACAGUGAUUCCUCUUUAGCUUCAAGGGUUACCGUGGCGCCUGAUGAGCAGCACCGGGAAUUCAGCGUUGGUUCGUGCGUCAGGCACCCAGGAAACAAAUUGGAAAGCCAUCAGCAACAUGACGGCAGCGUCUUGAAGCAACAAGAUCAACUGGCGAUGCAGGAGUCACAGUCAAGCUUCUUUCCAUUUUCGAGCGAGAAGAAUCCUGGGGCUCCCAGUCCAUUUAAAAGGUUCUUAGAAGAGAGGGGACACCGCGGACGCAGCAAUACCUACAUUGACUCGAACAUUGGGAAUGAUAGUGUCGUUGUGCGUCGGAUCCCAAGCGAUUCCAUUGUGAAUCGUCCACGCUAUGGAAUGAGCAGCGAGAGCAUUUACUCACAAACGACUAAUGGCGGCUUCAACGAACAGUACAGAAACCCUAUCGGCAGUUCUGAGGACCUCGGGUGGGCUCAGCAGACAGCGUCUGAGACUACCGGAAUGGCCACAAUUAUCUCUGGACGAUACUCCCAAUCAAGGUCAGACAGUGAUCCACCAUCAACGGUAAGACGCCAAGCUUCAAGCUCCGAAUGGAAUCCUUGGUCAGACACCUUGACAGCGAUAAGGGUUGGAGAUGCAGACAAGUCCUCCAAUCGAAUGCAGGAGCAGGCACCGGUCAACCUCGACAUAGGCUCACACAACGCUCAGGCAGAGAACCAAGAAGAUCUCGUGGUGUUGAGGAACGCCAGUGACAUCAGCAGUCAGUUGCCUCUUGUAGACGUGAAGACGGUCCCAAGCGGCAAUCCGUCAAAGCCGGCGCGUACCAUCAACGUUCGGAAGAGCAGGAGAGUAUUGUUUGAUUCGGGGAGUGCGGAUGCUCUGGACUGUAUCCCGGACGAAGCUGAAGAUCAUUGCAAAGGAAAAAGCGGUCUCAGAAAGAUGAGCCCAAGUAACAUCGGCAAAAUCCUGAGGGUCAAGAAAAGCCAGAUGCUAAACAAACAAGAUCAUCGCGGCAAGGAAAACAUACCCACAGACAACGAUGGCUCUUCACUUAUUACCACACCUGGGAGUUCACAGCUACAAUUCCGAAGUGGGAAUACCGCUGGCCGGCUGAGAAAAAAGGCCAGUGAAAGAGCUUUCGGCAGCCAAAAUGGUUCCACGUCAACACCCAGAAGCGCACCGCCAUCGAAUGCGACCACGCCGAGCAGGUUCGGGGACAGUCCCAGCCAAAAGGCCAAAGAUUGUCUUGUGUCUCGGUUAAGUCGACCUUUCAAUAUGGAUGUCCCACUAGAGAAUCGACCGUUUGACAGUAUGUUUCUGGGCAAAAGGACUCAGGGAUUUCCGGAUACCAUUGGAAAUUCUCGUUUAAGUGUUGCUCAGCAAGUUCCAAACCUUUCAAAGGAUACGCUCACUCAGGAUGGCUAUAAACCGAAUGUGGCGGAGCCGACAAUACCCAGGGCGGCUUCACCAGCAGUGGGCCGAAGUGCGUCUAGAGUGCUGGGGAUGCUCACAAGUAAGAGGAUGGUCAGCAAUUUUCUGAGGAGUCGUAGAGGUGAGAGAAGUACCAGUCAACAGAGCUUGACUGGUGGCAGCCCGGCAUUCUUGUGAGCCCGUGUAUUAUGACUGGAUC